GAGUGCCCGACAGGCGGGACGGGCGGGACGCGCGGGGCGGGCGGAGCAGAGGACGCCGACGACCGUGGCGCGCGCUGGGCGCUGCCCACGUCCGCCUCCCCACAGGCUGCGCUGGGGCAAGCGCAGUGCCGAAGCCCGGAGCCCCGAACCCGCCCCGCCCGAGGGACCCCGUCCGGGGGCCGAGGAGGUUGUCAAUCCCGGCUUGUCUUCCAGACCCGGACCACCGAGGCCCCUGGACGACGACGAACCGCCCAACAUGGCAUCGGAGAGUGGGAAGCUAUGGGGUGGCCGGUUUGUGGGCGCAGUGGACCCCAUCAUGGAGAAGUUCAACUCAUCCAUUGCCUAUGACCGGCACCUGUGGGAGGCGGAUGUGCAGGGCAGCAAGGCCUACAGCCGGGGCCUGGAGAAGGCGGGGCUCCUCACCAAGGCUGAGAUGGACCAGAUACUCCAUGGACUGGACAAGGUGGCUGAGGAGUGGGCUCAGGGCACCUUCAAACUAAACCCCAAUGAUGAAGAUAUUCACACAGCCAAUGAGCGGCGUCUGAAGGAGCUCAUCGGUGAGACUGCAGGGAAGCUGCACACGGGCCGAAGUCGGAAUGACCAGGUGGUCACAGACCUCAGGCUGUGGAUGCGACAGAACUGCUCUAAACUUUCCGCCCUCCUCCGGGAGCUCAUCAGAACUAUGGUGGACCGGGCAGAGGCGGAACGUGACGUCCUCUUCCCAGGGUAUACGCACCUGCAGAGGGCUCAGCCCAUCCGCUGGAGCCACUGGAUCCUGAGCCAUGCCGUGGCGCUGACCAGAGACUCUGAGAGGCUGUUGGAGGUCCAGAAGCGGGUCAACGUCCUGCCCCUGGGGAGCGGGGCCAUUGCAGGCAACCCUCUGGGUGUGGACCGGGAGCUGCUCCGAGCAGAGCUGAACUUUGGGGCCAUCACCCUCAACAGCAUGGAUGCCACCAGUGAGCGAGACUUUGUGGCUGAGUUCCUGUUCUGGGCUUCGCUGUGCAUGACCCACCUCAGCAGGAUGGCUGAGGAUCUCAUCCUCUACGGCACCAAGGAAUUCAGCUUUGUGCAGCUCUCAGAUGCCUACAGCACCGGAAGCAGCCUGAUGCCCCAGAAGAAAAACCCAGACAGCCUGGAGCUAAUCCGGAGCAAGGCGGGGCGAGUGUUUGGGCGGUGUGCUGGGCUCCUGAUGACACUCAAGGGACUUCCAAGCACCUACAACAAGGACUUACAGGAGGACAAGGAAGCCGUAUUUGAAGUGUCAGACACCAUGAGUGCUGUCCUCCAAGUGGCCACAGGUGUCAUCUCUACGCUACAGAUUCACCGGGACAACAUGGCACGGGCUCUUAGUCCCGACAUGCUGGCCACUGACCUUGCCUACUACCUGGUCCGCAAAGGGAUGCCGUUCCGCCAGGCCCAUGAGGCCUCCGGGAAAGCUGUGUUCAUGGCCGAGACCAAGGGGGUCCCCCUCAACCAGCUGUCGCUGAGGGAGCUACAGACCAUCAGCCCCCUGUUCUUGGGCGACGUGAGCCACGUGUGGGACUACAGCCACAGCGUGGAGCAGUAUGCCGCCCUGGGUGGCACGGCGAGCUCCAGUGUCGACUGGCAGAUCGGUCAGGUGCGGGCCCUGCUGCGGGCCUGGCAGGCCUAGAGCCCUCCCCACCCCGCGCCCAAAUAAAGCAGGCCCGAGAGGAGGCCGCUGCUUGUUUCCUGCCCAGCCUGACUCCCUCAGUGGUGGGCUUUUGGGGGCCUGUUGAGUGGG